CUUUCGCAAUAAUUCAAAGAAACCCCAACUUUUUAUUAACUAGUUUACUUUCCGAUCUUGUGCUUUUAUCUUUGCACAUCAAAACUACUAGUUAUUAAAUUUAUUUCCAACCCAGAAAAAAAUUUAUUUUCCAAUGGGUAGUAAAAUCUUGAGUAUUUUACUUUUGAUAUUCAUAUCAAAUAUUGCAAUUUCUCAUGCUCAAAAUUGCGGAACAUAUUCUUUUACAAGUAACACAAUAUAUCGAGCAUGUGUUUCUUUACCUGUACUAAACUCUCAUCUUCAUUGGAACUUUAACGCUAAUAGAACUGUCGACGUGGCUUUUCGCCAUACGGGCUCCACCACGUCUCAAUGGGUUGCUUGGGCCCUUAACCUUCGUGGGCGGGGUAUGAUUAAUUCUCAAGCUCUUGUGGCUGUAACAAGACCAAACGGGUCAGUUGAGGCUUAUAGGUCUUCAGUAGAUAGCUUUGAUACAACUUUGACACCAAGUCGGUUGAGUUUUGAAGUUCCGGUGAUCAGGGCUGAGAGAGUUGAUGGUGAUGUGAUUAUUUAUGCGACGUUGGUUUUGCCUAAUGGACCAACAACUAGUUUUACACAUGUUUGGCAAGUGGGCCCGGUUAAUAAUAAUGGUGUUCCUUCUACUCAUAAUUUGGAUCCGCCUAACCGGAGUUCUGUUGGAACCGUGGAUUUUAGUAGUGGUCAGACGGGUGCCGGUGGUAGUGUUGGCGGGUCACGACAGCGCCGGAGAAACACACAUGGAGUAUUGAGUGCGGUUAGUUGGGGAGUACUAAUGCCAAUGGGAGUCAUGGUUGCUAGAUAUUUGAAGGUUUUUAAAGUAGGUAAUCCAGCUUGGUUUUACCUCCAUGCUGCAAUCCAAACAUCGGCCUAUGGCGUUGGAGUUGCCGGAUGGGCUACUGGCCUCAAGCUCGGUGGUGACUCAGUCGGAAUCAAGUACAAUACUCACAGGAAUAUCGGAAUCACCUUGUUUGUGUUUGCCACACUUCAGGUUUUUGCUCUGCUUUUGAGGCCUAAGCCAGAUAACAAAUACAGAAUCUAUUGGAACUUCUACCACCAAGGUCUUGGAUAUUCGGUAAUCAUCUUGAGCAUCAUCAACGUCUACAAAGGACUCGAUAUAUUGGACCCUGAGAAGAAGUGGAAGCAUACUUACACCGGCAUAAUUAUCGCAUUGGGAGCUAUUGCGGUUGUAUUUGAAGCUUUGACAUGGUUCAUAGUUUUGAAGAGGAAGAAGGAAGACAAAAGGACACACGCUGGAGCUAAUGGUUCUUAUGGAGCUAAUGGGUCUACUCUUCCGUUGUAGACGAGGAAGAAGGAAGGGGAUUUGUUCUCUUAGAUGUCAUAUGGUUGGAUUAUUGUUGUACUUUUUGGAUAUUGAGAGUUAUAUUCUUUCCUAUUUUUUUUGAGAUUUAUAUAUGUUUGUGUAUAUACAUAUUUAUAUUGAGAAUUUUGAGUUGUUAA